AUGUCACCACCAUCGCCGACUCACGGCACCGCCACGCCGGGCGGCUACGCAUCUUCCAUGACGGCAGCCUCCGAGCAUGAUGUCGAAGCCCAGCCAUCCCCCCACGUCAACCACGUCUCUUACCUCCGACAGUUCCUCGACCAGGCCGGCGUGACACCAGCCGUCCUUCACUACCAGUACCCCGGCAAGGGCACCGCCGAAUCGCCCUUUGUCGUCGACUUUCUCCCCCAAGACUCGUACAACCCCUUCACCUUUUCCUCGGGCCGCAAGUGGAUGAUCAUCAUCGUCCAGGCCACCGCCACCCUCGCCGUCACCUUUGCCUCGUCCGCCUACUCGGGCGGCAUCCGCGAAAUCUUCCUCGACUUUGGCGUCUCCCAAGAGGUGGCCAUUCUCGGCAUCUCGCUCUUUGUGCUCGGAUUCGCCCUCGGCCCGCUCCUGUGGGCGCCGCUCUCCGAAGUCUUUGGCCGCCAGAAGCUCUUCUUCAUCAGCUACCUCGCCCUCACCGCGUUCAACGCCGGCGCCGCCGGCGCCAACAGCAUGGGCGCUCUGAUUGUGCUCCGCUUCUUCGCCGGCGCCUUUGGCUCGUCACCCUUGACAAAUGCCGGCGGUGUCAUUGCCGACAUCUUUUCGGCCGAGGAGCGUGGCAAGGCCGGUGCCAUCUUCUCCAUGGCACCCUUCCUGGGACCUGCGCUGGGCCCCAUUGCUGGUGGCUUCCUCGGCGAGGCAGCGGGCUGGCGCUGGGUCGAGGGUAUGAUUGCCAUCUUCUGUGGUGUUCUUUGGAUUGUCAGCACUGUGACGUACCCUGAGACGUACGCUCCUGUCCUGCUCCGCAAGCGCGCUGUGAAGCUCAGCAAACAGACAGGAAAGGUGUACGUGAGCAAGUUUGAUGCUCAUGCCCCUCCUCGAACUGCUGCCGCUCAGUUCAAGCUCUCUAUCACUCGUCCUUGGAUUCUUCUCGUCAAGGAGCCUAUCGUCCUACUUACAUCCAUCUACAUUGCCAUCAUCUAUGGCACAUUGUACAUGUGCUUCGCCGCUUUCCCCAUCGUUUACCAGCUUGGUCGCGGCUGGGGCCCUGGUAUUGGUGGUCUGGCCUUCCUCGGCAUCGCCAUUGGUAUGAUGACCGCGACCCUCUACGCGGUUUUCGACAACCAGCGUUAUAAGCGCGCGGCGGCAACCUACCCGAACGGCAUCGCUCCUCCCGAGGAGAGAUUACCGCCUGCCAUUCUUGGCUCUAUUCUGCUUCCGGUCGGUCUGUUUUGGUUUGCCUGGACCAACGGCCCCGAAAUCCACUGGGCAGUCUCCAUUGUCGGCUCCGGCUUCUUCGCUGCAGGCAUUCUUCUUGUUUUCCUCCCGCUCCUUAACUAUCUCAUCGACUCCUAUGUCAUGUAUGCUGCUUCAGUGCUGGCAGCAAAUUCGGUUCUGCGAUCUCUCUUUGGCGCAGCAUUCCCUCUCUUCACCACUUACAUGUACAAGGAUCUUGGUAUCCACUGGGCGAGCUCCGUUCCAGCUUUCCUGUCCCUUGCCUGCCUCCCUUUCCCAUUCCUCUUCUACAAGUACGGUGCAAAGAUUCGUGCUCGCUGCGAGUUCGCCUCUGAGGCUUCUCGGAUCAUGGAAAAGAUGAGGGCUGCUUCUGCGGCUGCUGGUCCUAGAAGCGAGGAGGAGGCCGAAGCCGAGGCCGAGGCCGAAGUUGAGGCUGAAGCGACAAUGGAGAAGGCGAAGUCAAAGAAGGAGAGUGUCUUGAAUUAG